GAGUAGAAAAAAAGAGAGAGAUUUGGGCAAUUUAUUUGAGAACAUUUGCUUUUUACAAUAAGUUCUUCCUAGCCAGUUCCAGUGGAACUACAAAUCCCAGCCAGCCUGCCCAUUGGGAUUAUUUUAGGUUGCCUCCUGGCACAUUCCCCCAGAAGGGAAGAGGUGACAAGUUCAAUGCAAUCCAUUUCCAUGAAAGAAGGGUUUUGUGUUGCAGGCUCCCUGCUGCUGUGACCUCCCUUCCUGCUGACACAACCUCAUUCAUUGCUCACUAGACAUAGAAGGAAAGAAAUAUUUAAAUGACUUUGUGGGGAGGGCGGAGCCUCAAAUGAGUGGCUAAUUAGAUCAUUAGUGAACUGUCACACUUCCACUUAACUUUAGUAGUGAAGGAGGGAGGAGGGGGGGGGGGGGUAGACAACUCUCUGAGGACCAAUCAGAAUCCGGGAGCCAGGUCCAGGACUUGGGAAGUAGAUGAAAGAACUGACACAGAGGCAGAACAAGCAGAGGAGGUGACAACAAGGAUCAGACGCUGACACAACUCCCUACAGCAAAGGAAGGAACUUUUCCUCAAUUGGGGGAAUUUGGGAUAAAGCGGAAGGACUGCAUACAAGAGACACUUACCACCACACUUACCUCCUGCAGAAAUGUAUGAAUAACUGCAACCUUUCCCACAGCUCAGCAGUGAGCCAAAGAGCUUGCAAUCUUUCUGUAAGCGAAUAGACACCUGCAAGAAGUUGACCUCAGGACCCCCAGCCUCCUUCCUCCAGCCAUGCAGAAAGGAACGGACAAUUCCCAGAAGUUCAGAAUUGAUGCCCUCCUGGCAGAAGACCACCCCCGCCUGGUACCUCACCACCAAGGCAGAGAGACUGUACUGACCCCAUCCACCCCUUUAUCACAAAUGUACUCCAAGGCAAGUUACCUGCCCCUGCAUGGGCUGUACCCGGCACCAUUCUACCACCUGCCCACCCUGGGCACCGGGCACCCCCACUUCCCCUAUGGUGGAUUCACGGGGGUCCCUGCCCCAGAGCACAUCAAGGCCACCUCAUUGCCCCUGGAGCACUGGCUGAGAGCUGGACUGCUGCUACACCGGGGACCCGAACUGCACCCAUCUAACCAGCCUGGUCUUAUGGGGAAAUGCAGGCGGCCUCGUACAGCCUUCACUAGUCAGCAGCUGCUGGAGCUGGAGAACCAAUUCAAGCUCAACAAAUAUCUGUCACGGCCGAAGCGGUUCGAGGUGGCCACGUCUCUUAUGCUGACAGAGACACAGGUAAAGAUCUGGUUUCAGAACCGCAGAAUGAAGUGGAAGAGGAGUCGUAAGGGGAAAGAACAGGGGGCGUCCAAUCACGGCGACAAGAAGAGGUCAGAGGGCAUAGCACCCAGCAAGGAUGCCCAGGAUGACGAGGAGGAGGAAGAGGAGGAGGAAGAGGAGGAAGAGGAGGAAGAAGAAGAUGUAGACUUCCAAGGAUCAGAGAGAGACACAAACAUCUUACGGCACAACGGCCAGCACCGCUACAGCACAGAGUCUUUUUGCUCCGAGGAAGAGAGUGGGGCUCUGCCCUCCCCAUAAGAUACAGACUGAGGGACUGUGGGCAAUAUGCAGCCCAAAGUUUAUUUAUUUUUCAUGGACAGUAAUAUUCCACAGAGAUGUGGAGACCGGAGAUAGUAAUUUAUAUGUAUUUAAUAAUUGGUAGGGGUCUCAGUGAGAAUGGGUGGGGGGGUGAGUUAUAAGUGAGUUCAUUGGGUACCUGCAAUAAAGUGAAAUAACCUGGUUUGGCCUUCUGAAAAUAAAGUCUGUUGGGUUUCGGCAUUCUGUCCACCAACUGAUGCUUUUUUUUUUUUUAUCAAUAAGAAAGUUACAUUGUUCUUCUGGCUCUUCUUUGUUGCUGUGGGCCACCAUGCAUGGAUUGUGUAACUGAUGCUUACAUUGUGAUGAUUGAUGAGGCUCCAAUAUAAUGUCCAGGAUAUACUGUAUAGAAGGAUAAGAGCACCAUAUAUAUAUAUAUAUAAAAAAAAAGUCCAGUAAAAAAGAUUAUUUCUCACAACAAAAAAUUCAGAAGAUAAAGACAACGAGUUUCGAGCGUUCACACAUCCCCCUUCAUCAGGGCUUGUAUGUUGGCAAUGUUUUAAAAUACUUGACUACUGAAGAUUUUUAACAUGGGUCUUCAAACUACGACCCUCCAGUUGUUCAGGAACUACAAUU